CGCUCAGCCAACUCGAUUGCCGCCGCGUUUCGACGUGGGGGAACUCGAAAACGAAAACACAACAUUUGUUUCUAUUUGCAGUAGUAGGCUUUGAAAGCCUGAUCCGCAUCGCCUGUUACUGCGUUAAGCCCGUUCUCUGCUACGCGAUUUUUACGCAAAACAUGUAAAUACGAUACGAGUGACGUUUAAUAAUGACUGAAACGUUCUUUUAGAGGCCGAAACGCCUCUAAUUCGUGUAAAUAUGAAAUUUUAAACUGUGUCUUUUAUUUUAAAUCAAUAGGUAAUUCAAUUAAACAUGGAAAUAGUAUCUGGUAACAAAUUGUCGAAGCACAGAAAAGUCCAUUUUACGCGCAGCGCUAAAACUAAGAGUUUGAACAGAAACCACAGCGUUAAUAAUAAAAACCGUUUGGCAAGAUCGAAUUCCUUGAGGAACUCUUUCAAAAACAACAACAAUAACAACAAAAUCAAAAAUAAUAUUAACGAAAUUAAUAACAUUAUCAAUAAUAAUGGAAAUCACGUACUACAGGAUGAGGUCUGUUUAGGAGAAUUUACCAGAGAGGUAUACAAUGCUAUCUGCGUUAGAUUAGGAGAUACUCUACACAUUCCCGAAGACUCUGUACAGGCUUUAUUCAACGAUAUGAAACUUUUUCCGUCCAAAUCUCAAGUGUCAAAAAUGCUCCAGUGUGCCAGGCAGUGCGGUAGACGAAAUGGUGCUAACGACUACAUCACAUUCGGAGAGUUUUGUGUCUUUGUUAAAGAGAUGCAAAACCAAAAUCCGAAACACCAGAGACGGUCUACACCUCCAAAAAUCAAUAAUACAAUCAAAUGUUCAAAUAAUAAAUGUGAUGUCUUCCUUGGAGGUUCUUGCAAUCCAACAACUUGGCGUGCUGAUACAGCUAUUCCAGAGUUAAAAAAGCAUGGCAUCUCUUAUUACAAUCCACAAGUCUCUAUGUGGGCUCCGGAACUAGUGGCGCAAGAGUACGAUGCAAAGCAGGCAGCUUCAAUAUUACUUUUUGUGAUAGAUAGUCAGACGAGGAGUACAGUUGGAAUGAUAGAAGUAGCAUAUUUAGUUGCCUCUGGUAGGUGCGUCGUAGUGGUCGCACAACCUUACGAAAAGGGUCAGACGAUCAUGGGGGAAGUAAUCACGGAUAGGGAAUAUAGGGAUUUGGUGAAUGGUCAGAAGGUUCUCUUGGAAUUGGUGAAAAGUAAAGGUGUCAAAAUUCACAAGAAUUUAUCUACGGCUUUACAGUGCACCGCAAAUAUUUUAAGAAAUUCAUCCAUGAACGGUACAAGUGCUGAGGAACAAAUUACAUAUAAACUCAGGAAACUGAGGGAAGUAUAUGACUCCUAUGGAGGCGAAAUGAAACUUGCAGACGUUUUGGAGGCAUACGAAAAGUUGACGAAUCGUUCGUUGGAGAUCAGUCGGCUGUACAAUUAUUCCAAUUCGCAAAACGGUUACAGAACUACGGCGCCGAUCAGCUUCGAGCGUUUUUGCGCCCUGAUGGCCGAAUUUUCCACCACCGACAGUUGCGAAAUGUGUACGACAGACGUAUGGGCAACGCAACCUUUCCAAAGGCACUGUUCGACCAACAACACGUGUAAUCUCAACAACACACACGUCAAUUGUCUGGUAGAGGACCUACCUCCGGAGCCAGACGACAUUUCGAUACCCAAUAGUGAUAUCUUUCUCGGCGGGUCAAUGUCGUCGGAUUUAAAUUGGAGGAGUGAUAUAGCGAUUCCUUUGAUCAAGAAACACGGUUUGAGCUACUACAAUCCCGCAUUAAGGGAAGGAAUGGAAGACAGUUAUGUGGGAAACGGCUGUGAUGAUGACAGAUUUGUCCGAAGUAAUUCGUCCGAUGUUCUAGAAUGGAAGAGGGCUUUAGAUAAAAGCAAAGUUCUAUUAAUUGUAAUUACAAACGAUACGCGUUCAAUGACCAGCAUAAUUUUGGCAGCGUUCUAUAUGGGCCUUAACAAAGAUAUGGUCUUGUGUGUGCAGAAUCUUGCUAGCGAUGAUUGUAGGAUAGGCAAUGAAACGUUAACGAAAAACGCCAUCAAGGAUUAUAAUAGAGCGAGAGUGUAUCUGACGGACUUGGCGAAUAGAAAGCAAAUACCGGUUUUUGAAUACAUCACCAAGGCCGUAGAGUGCGCGAUCGAAAUGUGCAAAAGCAGGUAGAACUUCCGUCGAAAGCUCGGUUUACGAGCGCGUUUUUCACCGCGCGGUUUUUAUUGCAGCGAGCGGUUUUUAUACCGGUCGCGGUUUUCUCUCUAAGUCGAACCAACCCAUCCAAGGCUGCUGCUCUCUUUUAUCGGGAAAAAACAAUAAAAAUUACGCUUCAUCACGUUAUUUAGGUCGGUUUCUAAGGUUUUUCGUUUUGUAUAUAAAUUAACAAAUAUAUUUUUCGAUAAGGCGAAAUGAACCGUUUGCCUUAUUUCGCUAUUAAUAUAUUAAUUUUUUUACUUACUUUGGAUUAAUUGAUUUUUAAUAAAGAAAUAUCGAUUGUAGAUACGAUUUUUUGCGAGUUUGAGCUUUAGAAACUGGCCUAAAAAGAUUUUAUUUAUUUAUUCCGAGUGUUUUAAUCGUAAAUAUGAAAUAAUAUAUAUUUUUGUCGCAAAGUUGGACUUGUAUCGUUACCAGUUAUUAUUUUUUUUUUGUUAACUACUAAUUGUAAUUAAGCUGGAUAAUGACUUAAUCAUUUUUAUUAAUUGAAUUACCUAAUGUAAUAAUUGUUAAAUCUAAUUAUCGUUGAUAUACAAUUUUUGUGUGUGAUUUUUUUUUACGCACCACUUGUCGACAACUAUACUUUUUUAUUAAAGAGAAUUCAAGGUAGCUAGAAAUAACCGAUAGAUAGUCUCUCAAAAACAGUUUAAAUUAAUUUUAAUAUGUGUAUAUUUUCAUGUGUAUUGCAAAUACUUAUUAUUCUGUAAAAUUUGAUUUCGAGCCAUUAUUUCUGAGGUUGUACCACUCAAAUCUUUUUUAUAGACUUGAAGUUUCAACUGUAGUUUUGUUAUUUUAAUACGUAUGUUUAUAUUUUAUGUAUGUUUCAAAUAUUUUUCUUCUAUAAAAUUUUUAACUGUGAUUUUUUUUCAGUUUUUCUUCAAUGAGAUCAUUUACAAAAAAACGCCUGAAAGCCAAUUUUUGUGUACAACUUUGUUUUCUAAUUAUUGACCUUUGUUUCUAUAAUCAUAAAAUAAAGUGUACCACAUGUAGUUACAGUGUUGGCAAAAUUAAACCUUCAGUUCUACUUUGCUUGUGAAUAGUAAAUGUCGCUCGCAAUGUUGUAAUUCACAGGUGGCACAAGUAAAUGACAACGACGAUUCCACAUCCUUUUUUUUUUCGCACAUGUGAACGACUUACUAUUCACUUCGACACACACAAAGUGGGACUGAAGUAAGGUUUUACUAUUAUUUCUUAACGACAUAUACAUCAACUUUUUCUUUUUUUUUUAUAGACUAUUCAAUGUCCUUUCUUUUUCUUCUUUACUUAAAAUGAUGUCAAAAGUUGCAAUUUUGUUUGUUUAUUAGAAUAAAUUUUAUUAUCACAGUUUUUGACGACGGACCUCACGUGUAGGUAUCGCAAUCUAGUUAACGUUGAAAUGUUAAUCUUUAUUUUUCCGUUCUUCUCAGUAAAUUACUGAUACUAAUUAUUUGAAGAUCUCCACCUCUUCAAACUAUGCCAUUCUGAGUUUCAGUUGUGGUUUUGUUGAAUUUAAGGCAAUGUUUAAAACAAACCUCCUUUCUUCUUCAGAAAAUUAUAUUUUCUGCUGCUCUUUUAACAUUAACUUUAUUAAUUUUUUUUCUGUGAAUACGCUUACCAGGGUGAUGUAUAAAUCGAAAGUCCAUCUUUAUCUCAGAUUGGGUGCUACUGUCACUUUCAAGUUCGUAAUCCAUCUUAAAUGACAAC